UGUGCACUGCCCCUGCCCUGCACACUAGCUCUGUACUUCCAUUGGCUGGGAACAUGCUGCUGGCUGCUUUUGGGGCAGGAGAGGCAGGAAAUCUGCUUUAGCUCUCCCUUUGCAUGUCGGACCAGGAGCUGCUCAAAUUAAAUCCCCUCUGCUCCAGCCCUAACUUCCUCUGCACAAAGUCAGAACCUUCCUCCUACACUCCAAAGCUCUCAUCCUCCACCCCACCCUGGAGCCCACACUCUAGUCAAAUUACAUUGGGCACCAACAAUUUCCUUCAGCUGGGUCACGAGAAAAAAAAGUUAGAUGACCACGGCUCUAGGCAAACCCUGGCGUCCAAGUUUUAAGACUUGAGAUGACGUGUGUGAGGGUGGUAAAUCUGUGGCUGACGUAGAUCAGAGUAUUUUAUGGAACUAGUUGAUCUCUUUUAAAUAUGUCCAUCGAUAUUGCUACUGAAGCCGUGAAUUCCUGGGUAUAUGCUAGAUGUUUCUUAAGGCUGUUUUGUGGCUGUCCUGUCUCUUAUUGCACUGUUUUGUGUGAGGAGUAAGAUUGGAAGACAGUAUUUUCUAUAACCAGAAAAAAGGAAGAGAAUUAAGGCGAAUUCAGUGUGGAGAGAAAGACAGGAAGCGACUUUCAAUUAUUUUUAGAAAGUGAAACAAAACUUCUUGACUUUUGCCACCUUGUGCAAAUUGUUUGCUCGUUCCGAGAUGAAGAGAAAUUUAUCAUAAUUCAAAUUGAACAAACUCUCUUCAGUGCUGCCUGGUACUGCCUGAUGCUCUGGGUGCCUGUGUGUGAGCACUGAGAAGACGGGGAGAACCAUUUAACUGAGGAUUUUACCAGCGGUUGUUUCCCAUAGCUGUCUGGCUCACGCUCUGAUACCCAAAAUCCGCUGAGAAUGUGCAAAGCUAACAGUGGGUCUCAGCACACAGGCUCUCGUGCUCCAGGACGGUGAUGUACAGAUUCUGUUUUGAUUCCUGAUACCUGGUCAUGGAAAACAAAAGUAGAAUCAGUGACCUGCUUGUAAGUGCCCUUGACGACCUUUGCCAGGCAGACUUGAAAAGAUUUAAAGACAAACUCUCACACUCUGCCUUUGAGGGGAAGCGUCCCAUCCCCCGAGGUCUGCUGGAGAACGCUGACAGGAUAGAUACCAAGAACCUCCUGAUGGAAUUCUAUGGUGGAGCUGCUGCCGUAGAGGUGACCAUCAAUGUUCUCACUCAGAUCAACCUCCGAGAGUCUGCUGCAAAACUCAGAGCAGAAAGUGAGAAAGGUGAGAGGGCUCAGAAACAAAUCAUGGAUCCAUUCUGCGAGGGAAGGCAGAGCGGAAGAUCUUGUGGAAGCCCAGAUCUCAGCUCAGGCAGAGGCAGCUUCCCUACUCCCAUCUGGAGUGGAGCAGGGGAACAUUUUGUGAGCCGGCACCGAGUAGAACUGAUCCAGCGAGUCUGCAUGGUGGACAGUAUCAUAGACAUGCUGCGUGGCACUGUGCUGGAUGAAGAGCAAUACGAGAGCAUCCGAGCUGAGAAAACGAAUCCAGAGAAGAUGCGGAAGCUGUACGAGUUCAUGCCGAGCUGGAACUGGGAUUGCAAAGAGCGGCUUUACCAGGCACUGAAGGCCAAGCACAAGUUCCUCAUUGCAGAGCUGGAGAGGAAAUAAAUACAGUCAAUAAAAUGAG